AUGUUGGAAGAUGAUCCCGAGUCAAUUUGGAUUCAAGAGCAUUCAAACAUGGAGUUGAAGAGUUCGGGAUACAAACGAAGUCCAUUUACAUGGUGGAAUGGGAGAUCCAAUGUUGCGUGUAUAUUCAAAAGAUUGGAUAAGAUCUUUGCGAAUUUGCCAUUUCAGAACAUAUUGCCAACUAUUGAAGUUAAACAUCUAAUCAGAACUGGAUCAGAUCAUGGACUAUUGUUAAUGACAUGUGGGGAGCAGAUCACCAAUUUUGUCAAGCCUUUUAGGGGAUCCAUUUUUGAUGUUCAAACAGAAGCUCAAGAGGGUGAAGGCAACACUGUCAAAUGGAGUAGAAAAAUAUUUGGUGGUAUCUUCAAGCAGUUGGCUAUUUUGGAGGACAUUGUUAGGUUGAAAGAGAUGUUGUUUGAAGAAGAGCCUACAAUUGAGAACAGGAUUGUGCUUCAAAAGGCUCAAUCUGAAUUGAAGAAAUACUUGAGUAUUGAGGAGCAGUAUUGGAAGCAAAAAGUUGGGAUGACUUGGUUUGCUGAAGGAGAUAUGAAUACAAGUUUCUUUCACAAUCAUGUCAAUGGCAAAAGAAAGAAAUUACAACUGAAGAGGAUCAAAAGUGGAAAUGGGGUAUGGAUUGAAGACCAUGAGCAAUAG